GGAACAUAAAAUAAAGCGACGGCUGUUUCAUGUGUCAGAUUUUCAGACAUGCUCGACUGUAAAGCAUGGCUGCAACAAUGAUGUCGUAUCGCUUGUGUAACACAUUUGCAGGUGUCCGCACCAGCCUGAGUCAAGGGCUGUUAGACACCGCUAUCAGGAACACCAAGUCAUGCCUGUGGCAGACCAGACACUUCUCCAGAAUAGCCCCGCUGCUGUAUGCAGCUGAGGCGAAGGCCAAGUUUGAACGGAAAAAGCCCCAUGUCAAUAUCGGUACCAUCGGCCACGUUGACCAUGGGAAGACGUCUCUUACAGCUGCAAUUACAAAAGUGCUUGCUGAGGAGGGCAGCGCCAAGUACCAUAAGUAUGACGAGAUUGACAAAGCGCCCGAGGAGAAGAAACGGGGCAUCACCAUCAACGCAGCCCAUGUAGAGUACGAGACGCUGAACAGACACUAUGCCCACACAGACUGCCCCGGGCAUGCUGAUUACAUCAAGAAUAUGAUCACGGGAGCUGCCCAGAUGGAAGGUGCCAUCCUCGUGGUUGCUGCAACGGACGGACAAAUGCCCCAGACACGCGAACAUCUGCUUCUUGCUAAGCAGAUUGGCGUUGACCACAUUGUGGUGUACGUCAACAAAGCCGAUGCAGUGGAUUCCGAGAUGUUGGAGCUGGUUGAGUUGGAGAUGAGGGAUGUGUUGUCUGAGUACGGCUACGAUGGUGAGAACACACCCAUCAUUAUCGGAUCGGCACUCUGUGCGCUAGAGGGCAAGAAUCCAGAAAUUGGCACUGAAUCCGUCAAGAAACUUCUGGAAGUCAUUGACGAGUGGAUUCCCCUCCCACCCCGUGACUUGGAGAAGCCUUUCUUGAUGCCUGUAGAGCAGGUGUACUCCAUUGAAGGGAGGGGCACUGUUGUGUCUGGCAGGGUUGAGAGAGGGUCCAUUACCAAAAAUGAAGAAGUGGAGUUCAUCGGUCAUGACAUCAAGACCAAGUCGGUCAUCACAGGUAUUGAGAUGUUCCACAAGAUUCUUGACAAGGGAGAAGCCGGGGACCAGAUGGGCGCAUUGGUGAGGAACGUGAAGCGAGACCAGAUCAAGAGAGGCAUGAUGCUGUGCAGACCAAACACCUACAAGGCAAACAACCACGUCAAGGCCCAGGUUUACAUUCUGACAAAGGAGGAAGGAGGCAGGCACAAGCCGUUCGUCAGUAACUUCACCCCAGUGAUGUUCUCCUACACCUGGGACACGUCAGCCAGAAUUACCUUGCCAGAAGGCAAAGAAAUGGUCAUGCCAGGUGAGGACGUUUCUCUGACUUUGGAACUACUGAAGAAUAUGAUGGUUGAGGUGGGACAGAGAUUCACCCUGCGGGAUGGCCGAAUCACCCUAGGCACGGGGAUUAUCACGGAGAUCCUUCCUCAGGUUCAGAAGAGUUAGUGAGUGCCAGAUAGCACGAGCCCAGCACCAGUGAAAUUUUGUACAAUUGUUUUUUUCAUUAACGUGUGACCCGGGAACCAUACCCUACUUCAUAGGAUGGUCGGUGUGAUGGCACGGUAUUUAAUAUGUUAAUAGUAGCAUGGCAGGUUUUGGCUUUCAUUUAUUUGGUCAUUUCAUAAGGUCCACGCCUCUUUAGUGAUGGUUGUUACCAAUGAAGAUUAGGUGAAUACCCUUUUACAAUCAGUGAUUAAUUUUUUUCUGUCGUGGAAACGUUUACACGAGUGGAAACUCAAUGAAAGUUUAUUUGAGAAAACAGUAUCUGGCUUCCGCCUGCAUUGCCGUUUUGUACAAGGUGGCGUGUAGGAAAACAUACCUGUCUGUACAAGAGGUGACUUAGAUAUUGUGUAAGACAGUGAUACAGGGAAUCUGUGAACUAGGUCCAAGUUUGUCAUAAUUAGUUCAGAGUUACAAGCCCUCGUAGUUUUUAAACAUGAAAUGCGUGGAAAAAGUUAUUUUAUCCAGUUCCUCUCCAGCUUUGUUCUUUGGAUGCCAGUUACCCAAAACAAAACACAGUGUCGUUUGUCCAAACAAAUCUGUCCCGCUUUGUGUAGUAUUAAUCGUGCACAGUGUAAUGGAUACUUCAACUAUUCAGAACUGCUAGGGUUUAUAUACUUAAGUAGUAAUUUUACUUGCCUCCACAAAAUAAGAGGCAAGUUUAAAAAAGGGGUUUUAAUUUCACAAAGUUGCAAAGAAGAGUUGUCUCCCAGGAGCUGCAUUUGAAUCUGUUAUCAUAGAUGCUGCUCGUCACAUUGCUGGACAUGCUGUGACAUCAAUUUUGAUGAAUGAAAACAAUUUCACAUCGUUGGAAACCUUUUCAAGGUUGUCACGAUACCAAUUAUAUCCUCAGGUAGGCAGCAAUAAUGUGCGUACAUGGAUAUCUUUUGUGUGUACCAAAUAAAACAAAAAUUCACCAAAUUCAACUGAUUUUCAGUUACCUAGGCGUCAAUUUCAUACAAGGCAUAUAGGCAAGUUCGUCGUAUGACAUAAGUUUGACAAUGGUGUUUUUUAAUGGGACACUUCUCCUGAAGGCAAUUCUUACAUAGGAACCCCCCCCCAAAAAAACCCAGCAUCAUCCCAGCCGUUUCAUUAUUUAGUAGGGCAUAAUUGUUGCCAUAUAUUGCACUGAAAAAAAAUCAUGAUCAAUGACAACUAGGAUAUCCUUUGAAAUAAGAGUUCCACUGAAAUACAGUUGUGAUCGUCAAUUGCCAUUUCACAAGAAUUAAACUUUCUGCCAGCCUUCUUUGCUGGAACACCGGA